AAUGAGGAAGCAGUAAACAAACUCCUUGGAUGCAGCAGGUGCGAAAGUAAGGCUGAUUUUCGAAGCGUUUUCUUGGCUACUCUACAGGAAAAUCGUAUCGAUCGUGUUUAGGAAUAGAUGUAGAAAGAGAAAGUUAAAAUGGCCGCCAUUGCGGUCAAUUCUCGCCGCGAACCCAGUGGUGCUGUGGACGAGAAAGUGUUAGCUGAUGCUAUUAAGAUGACAAAUAUUGCUGUCAACCUGUGUUUGUCAAACAAGUUCCUUCAAGCACAAGCAAAACUUGAACCAUGGAUAAAUGAAAGCAUGUACCAUGCUCUUGGUUAUAGCACCAUUAUGUAUCUUCAGGCUAUGAUGACAUUUGAACCUCAAGCCAUACAGCAAGCUGGUAACAGCAAUAAACUUGCUUUGGAUGUCUGUGAAAGAUACAGAAGAAAACAUACAUGGACAGAGUCAUUCACCAGUUGGAUUUGGAAUCCAUCCUAUGAUAAUUUAACAGAAGUGGAAAGACAUGCUGAGCUAUGCUAUGCUGAGUGUUUAUUUAUGAGGGCAUUACUCACAUUUAUUCAGGAUGAAAAUUUGGUCAGCUUCAUUCGUGGAGCUCUCAAAAUCAGAAGUGCUUAUCAAACUUACAAGACUUGCCUGGACAUGGUUGCCCAUCACCCAUCUUCUCUUCAACAUUCUCCCCAAAGAAAGGACUUUGAAGGAGGAGUUCAUCUUGGCAUUGGAGGAUUUAAUUUGGAGAGUCUACAGAAAAUGUUGUCCUUACUUCCUGCAAAGAUAAUCAAGCUGUUAGAGUGGGUUGGUUUUUCAGGAGACAAGUUUUUAGGUCUGGAUCAUUUAGACCAAGGGUGCAGAGACCAGAACUUAAGAUCACCCAUGUGUGCCAUGGUACUGUUGGCCUAUCACAGUGUAAUAACUUAUUACCUUGGUAAGUGGUUAGAUUUAUCAGUAGAAUUGAUAAGUUCACGAUGUUUAAUAGAACGAAAUCGCCAUUGUCAAAAAAUGUGUAGCAAAAAGCAAGAUCCCAGGGAUUAUAUUGCAUGUAAAUAUUAUCUACAGCAUACGUAAUGGUACAAUUACGUAACAAUAAUUUACUUUAGAAGUGUACUGUAAAAAGGUGCGAAAUUAAGUCAACAACCGGUUGAAACCUGGAAAAGGCGCGAGGUGUAUGCAGCGUCAAUUGACUACUAUUCUGGCUGCAGAAGAUCAUGUUAAAAGCAAAUUAUCUUCAAGCUCUUGCUGAUUUGUAAGCGCACGGAGGUCUGUUUUUACGAACUUGAACAAGCGCUUCU